CUUGAGACAGACGGGCAGCUCAACGCGCCCCAGCGACGGGCCUUGGUUCAUGCCACUGUCGCCAAUCUUAUCCAUGCUGAGAUAUUUGGACCCUACCACUUCUAGUUGCCUGAAAACCCUCUGGGAGAUUUUCUGUCUAAGAUAGAACUCAACGUCCGAGACAACUGUUCAGAGAUCGAGCUCAAUGUGUGGAGGAUGGCUACAAGCGUGGCAAUCCAGGCGGGCUCAGGUCGUCGAUGCGAGCGUGUGAUCAGCCGCAUCGUCCGGGACGCUGAAAGAAUACUCGCGAAUUAUUCUUCCACUCAAGAAGAACAAAGACAGGGCCAGCUUCAAGGACUGCUGUGGAAAUGCGCGGAUCUCAGGCAUGCUUUGAGCCAGCAGAAACAACGGUUCUUUUUCUGCUGCAGUCCACUGGGAGUGAUGUUUGACCCUCAGUCGAUGAUUUUUGGUGGAGGCGAUGAGGGACCAGCCUCUAUAGUUCGAUGGUCUUUGUGGCCGGCAAUCAUGAAGAGGGUUGACAAGCGCAGUUCUGUUGUGGAGCCAGAAUUAGUCUGGGCAAUGGAGUCAUGAGAAACAAUUCCACUCCGAUUGGGGAGUGUAUUGCGUCGAACUUGCUAACGAACAGAUUUGCUGGAGGUGAUCCAUUUUGGCAAUCGCUUGCUUGGGUUGAAGUUCUAUAAGCCUCGCACGCCUGCGAAAAGAAUACACGGAUUA